CUGACGUUUCUGUAAAGUAGGUCAUAAGAACCUUCAUUCCAGAAGUACCCUCAAAGACAGAGACACCCAGAAGAAUCGGAACAUACAGGCUUUGAUGUCAAAGGUUUAUAAAGCCAAUAUCUGGGAGAGAGAAAACCGUAAGACUUCCGGAUCUCCUCUGGUGAAGUGUGUUUCCCGCAACGAUCACCAACAUGAACAUCAAAGGAUCGCCAUGGAAAGGGUCCCUCCUGCUGCUGCUGGUGUCAAACCUGCUCCUGUGCCAGAACGUGGCCCCCUUGCCCGUCUGUCCUGGUGGGGCUGCCAGAUGCCAGGUGACCCUUCGAGACCUGUUUGACCGCGCAGUCGUCCUGUCCCAUUACAUCCAUAACCUCUCCUCAGAAAUGUUCAGCGAAUUCGAUAAACGGUAUACCCAUGGCCGGGGGUUCAUUACCAGGGCCAUCAACAGCUGCCACACUUCUUCCCUUCCCACCCCCGAAGACAAGGAGCAAGCCCAACAGAUCAAUCAAAAAGACUUUCUGAGCCUGAUAGUCAGCAUAUUGCGAUCCUGGAAUGAGCCCCUGUAUCAUCUAGUCACGGAAGUACGUGGUAUGGAAGAAGCCCCGGAGGCUAUCCUAUCCAAAGCCGUAGAGAUUGAGGAGCAAACCAAACGGCUUCUAGAGGGCAUGGAGCUGAUAGUCAGCCAGGUUCAUCCUGAAACCAAAGAAAAUGAGAUCUACCCUGUCUGGACGGGACUUCCAUCCCUGCAGAUGGCUGAUGAAGAGUCUCGCCUUUCUGCUUAUUAUAACCUGCUCCACUGCCUACGCAGGGAUUCACAUAAGAUCGACAAUUAUCUCAAGCUCCUGAAGUGCCGAAUCAUCCACAACAACAACUGCUAAAGCCCACAUCCAUUUCAUCUAUUUCUGAGAAGGUCCUUAAUGAUCCAUCCCAUUGCAAGCUUCUUUUAGUUUUAUCUCUUUUGAAUGCAUGCUUGGGUGUAACAGGUCUCCUCUUAAAAAAUAAAAACUGACUCCUUAGAGACAUCAAAAUCUAAAA